AUUGCUAGGUGCACUUACCUACAAACAAUUCAUUUGACACUGGCAUUUGAUAUAACAGUUGAAAGCGCAUCUUUUGAUGUCAACAUUUUGAUCUAUAUUUUUAAACAUAUUUAUUUUUAAGAGUAUAUUGAAGGGCGUUUCAAGUUGGGUUUUGAAUUAUAUUUAUUUGUGGAUGGUCUGAGUGUGUCGGGCCAACAAUGUCACAGCCGCGUAUGAGGAAGGCGUCUGUAAUGGUUGCAGGCAAUGGCAAUCGUCCGCACGUUGCCAUUAAUAAGGCGUCAGGAGACAGCGGUCCUUAUGCUCCCGCCCCGAAACAGCUACCCGAGAAGCGUAAUAGAAAUAAAAUACCAAAAACAAUUAGAUACGACCUUGAAAAUGCUUUAGUUGGCUUAUGCGACGUCUGGUUCGAGGAGAUCAAGCCUCACCUGGUCCGCAACAACAUAAAGCUGCACGUGCACGGGGCGGGUGUGGCUGGCGCAGCAGGUCCGGCGGGCGGUGAUCACCAGCGCCUGCCGCCCGGAGCGCCUGGCUGCUCCCACCUCGACCCAGCAUUCUCUGCUGCCGGGUGCGAACUGUGCCGGCUGUUGUUUAAUGCCGCCAACAGCAUCGAGAGCGCAGUCUCUCAGGCCGCCAGCGCGGCUAACUCGCUCCCGGUCACGCCAGUUGUUGCCGUCACCGCCGUUCCCAUUGUCCCCUCCGCUGAUAAACCAGAACCUGAAUACUAAAGGCGAACGGAAACGUACCCACCGUUUUCGAAGAAAUAUUCGUUCCCCUAAGUCCCCAUCGGCGCAAUCCACGUUGCGCGUGCCUAGAAUAUGCCGCACCUACUGCGCCCUGCCGUCCCCCACCACGCCGAAAACGUUACUGCGAAGGAUACAACCCGCCCAUCCCCAACAGCGUAGAGAGAGCUUUCUAACUUCUUCAAAAAAGCAGGUAGAAAAGAAAAAUAGAUCGACACAGACUGAAAUGUUUUCGAGUCGCAUACGAUGCUCAGUUCAACAGAAGCGCGUGCCACCGACUCCAUUCGGCCGCUGUGCUGCUACCACAACUUUUUUUCCUCUCAAAUGUGAGAAAAAUAUAAUAUCGCCCAAGAACGCUGUUGAUCAACCUAAGUUUUCCAAACCACCGCUAUUUUAUAAAGAUUUCAUCAAUAUCGUAGGAGAGAGACAUGAUAAGAGAUUAAAAUUAUUGUACAGAUCUCCUACUCGUGAAGAAUGCCCGUCGAUUUUAAAUCUAGUUCAAUCGUCAAAGGAUACACCCAUAGAGGCUUAUAGUAGAAAAAAGAGACCUUGGAGAUGAUAUUCUUAAUAUGUUUGUUUCGAAACAAUACUCAUAACUGUUUAUUUAUUUAUACGUUUAUAAUAUUUGAUGUCUUGAUAAGUUGUAGAAUAUUGGGUUACCUAGAUAAACUUUAAACAAUUUA